AUGUCCGCUGUGAUAAAUUCGAGCGGUUCUAUGAAAAUAAAACGAUCAGUAUGCGUAAAAUAUUUAAAAUUUUUAUAUUAUUUAAAAAAUUGUAAUUUAGAAAAACAAUGGAAUAGAUAUUAUUGUUGUGUUUUUAAAACAGUGUUAGAUGAAAAUAUUACAAUAAAACGGCUAGCUGAAAGAAAAUCUUUAAAUAAAAUAAAGUUAAUAAAAAAUAAAGAAAUUCGGUAUAAUAAACUAUUGUCUUAUUUAGUAUCAAAACCAGUCAAAAUAUCAUCGUUUGAUUUUAAUGAUACAUUAGUUAACACCAAACAUGGGAAACAUAAUAAUAAUAUAUUAUUCGAUAGAAAUGUUUUUAAAGCUCUUUUUAAUUUAUUAAAUACCCGAAAUUAUCAAAUUGUUAUUUUUUCAAACCAAACAAACAUAUCAUCAUGUGUUCAUGAUUAUGAAAAUUUAAAAUUUAAUAAAUUACCAAAUUUUUUUUCAAAGAUAUCUGAUUUUAAAAAAUCGCAAUUUUAUUUUAAUUCUUUGUUCAUUUCUGAAAACCCAAAAAAACGCAAACAAAUUAAAAGCCCCACGAUUAUCCAAACUAACCAUUUCCCUUUUUCAUCAAGCUCUCUGAUACUAUGGAAUAAUAUUAAGAGCCAAGAAAAAUAUCGGAAUAUUUUUUCUCCAAAUGAAACAAACAUAUUUAUGAAUAUAUUGAAGAAACAAUUAAAACAUAGUGAUUGCUAUAUUUAUUUGAUAAGAAAAUAUUUUUAUCGUUUUUCCACAUCAUCCCCUGUAUAUAAUUACAAAGAAAAACAAAAAAAUAUAUAUAUAUUUCCCAAAAAUAAUAAACAUAGAUUAGCAGAAACAUUUAUUAACAACUCAAAUUUAAAAAGAGAGAAAAAAAAAAAAAUGAGUAGCCAUAAUAACUAUAAAGGCUCCAAACGCUCUAAAGUAGUAUUAAACUGUAACAGUUUGAAUUAUUUUUUUUCGUUAGGGAAAUGCGAAAUUAGUGAAAUAGACAUAUAUAGUAAGCCAGAAAUAGGACAAUACUGUUUAUAUAUGUGCAUAGAAGGAAUAAAAUAUUUAAUUAUUUUAAAAUAUUAUUUUAAUGAUUUUUAUAAAUUUAUUGAAAAUAAUAUGAAUAUGAUAACAAAUGAAGAUUUAAAAAAUUUUAUAAAACUAAGUAUCGAUAUAUUUAAUUCAGAAGAAAUUUGUAUAUUAACAAAAAAUAUAAGAAAACGCAACUAUUUAAAUAUUAAUAAAUUAGUAUUAAAAAUAUUAGACACAUAUAUAAAUAAAAUUAUACAUAAAAAUGAAAAAUAUAUUUUAUUAAAAGAAAAACAUAAAGAUGAUAUCCAAUUUAUAGAAUUUUUUUUGUGUGAUCAAAUUUAUAAUUCUUCAAUCAAUUUGGAUGAAAAAAAAUUAUUUAAUAAAUUAAAUAAUGAUGAUUUUUUAAAAAAUUUACUUUUUUGGAUAGUAUAUAAAAAUAAAAUAAUCAGAAAAUUAACUAAUUACUUUUCCAGUUUAUUAUUCAAUUUUAGAAACAGUUUUUAUGUGGGAAACAACGUAGGCCGAAGUUUCGAUGUAUCCGAUAUAGACUUAAAGUUUUCACAAAAUAUCGGAAUUAAGAGUUACGCGGAUACGUGGUUUCAGAAAUUCAAUGACUAA